ACAGCUGGUUGGUCCAGGGCCAAGGGUUUUUACAGUGUUUGGCCAAAUGUAUCAUCAGUACAAUCACGUUAUUCCAGCUGAUGGUAGUGCAUCUCGCUAUUGUUAGAUGUAUUUCGUCGACUCGGAAACGGCAAACCGAGUGCGCGUUGAAUCGCGACAUCAGCAAAAGCCACUUUUGCCGAGUAUCAUUCAUGAUUUAGAUGCGUUGUUACGGAACAUAAAUCCAUAUGCUCAAGCUUUCCGUAACAUGAGAGAAGUGUGGCAAAAUGAGCGUAGAGAAGCCGCAGCUGACCCAUUACGACAACCUAGAGCUGUGACUAUGCAAUUUGUCACUGAUUCCACUAUGGAUUUACGACGAAACAACGCGCCGGCAGCAAAUGAAGUGGCAGUCGUCUUUGUUGGAGAUGAUGACCUACCGCCAGACAGAGUUAAUUUUGCAGUCUACGAUAGGGAUGACAAUCCUCGUGGGUACCUGUCGCGGACUCUGCCCAAUAACUCGAUGCACGCCGAUCCAAUGGUCUACCCAUUGUUUUUCCCCUACGGCGAAAGAGGCUGGAAUUAUAAUACAAGACAAAUAGGCCAACGGCAGAACGCCAUCCGCACGAGGAUAACCAUCAGAGAUUUUGCGUGUUACCGUUUGGCCGUUCGAUACAACGGAAACAACGACCAACGACACAAUAAGUUUAGUUUAAUUCAUGCAGGACGUUUUUUGUUGCAGCAAUAUGUGUGCGAUCAGUAUAUUCGGAUGGAAGCCAAUAACCUGAACUAUAUCCGUACGCAUCAGUCUGAUCUUUUUGCAGAAACCUAUCAAGGUUUGAUGGAUCACAUUAACCAGCAACACAAUUUGGACAAUGCUGACGUUGGCCAAAGAGUAAUUUUACGGUCUACCUUCACAGGGUGUCCUAGAUACAUGAAACAGUGCUAUCACGACGCCAUGACGGUAGUGCGUAAGUAUGGUAAGCCCGAUUUGUUCAUAACGUCUACCUGUAAUCCUAAUUGGCCAGAAAUCAAGGAUAAUCUCGCUAUUCGCCGCUCGGGAGGAGCUACGGACUUAGCGACGGAUUUAGUGUCAAGGGUAUUUAAUGCCAAAUUAAAGGCGCUCAUGAGUGACAUCACGGUAAAUAAAAUAUUUGGUAAUGUCGAUGCAUUUGUGUACACUGUUGAGUUUUAGAAACAAGGUUUACCUCAUGCCCAUAUAUUAGUUAUUCUGCAAGAAGAUUACAAAUUUCGGACAGCCGAAGACAUUGACCAAGUAGUUAGUGCUGUAAUACCUGACCCUGUGGUCGACACUUAUUUGU